AUGUACUUUUUAUUACUAUUGGCAUUAGUUUCCACAGUAUUCGGGAACAGAGUCAAAUUCAAUGAAGAUUUGAGUCAAGUUUGUGAAGGGGUUUACUCCAAGCAUGAUUGGGGUGGUUCUUUCAAACCUCACGUUUCCCUUAAACUAUCAAAAUAUGGUGAAAAAGAUGAAAAUAUUAAAGUCAGUUAUAUCAUCUUUGAAUAUAAAGAUUUUUAUAAUAUCGGUCAUUAUUUCGAAGAUGGCCAAGUGAAAUAUAUUUGUGAUGACACUGCCAUUGACUUGAAAGUUUGUAAUUCUACUGAUAAAGGUAAAUUUAUUAUCAAUAAUGAAAAAUCAAAUAAUACCAUUUUGACCGAUCAAAUCACUAAAUUGGGUCCAAUUGAUUAUAGUUAUAAUAUUAAUAAUACCGGAUAUUAUUGUGUAUCUACAUUUGUGGAUGAUAAUACCAAAUACCAUGGAACGGUGAAUUUUCAAAAUGCUUUUGGGGAAUUAUCGGCAUCUGAGAUUCCAAAAUUACCUGCUUAUGGGAUAUUAACCCUUUUGUAUGGUAUUAGUAUAGCAUUAUUUGGAUGGCAAUUCUUCAAGAAACGUAAGGAAAAUCAAAUUUUACCUUUACAAAGAUAUCUUUUGGCCAUGUUGGGUCUCUUGACCUUUGAUACCUUGGUUAUUUGGUCAUACUAUGAUUUGAUUAAUCGUUCCCCAAAAUUACUCACUAAUUUCAAUGUGUUCUAUUUGGUAUUUUUAUCCAUAUUAAAUGCUUCCAAAUUAACUUUUUCAUUCUUCUUAUUAUUAUUAAUUUCCUUGGGUUAUGGGGUUGUUACUGUUAAAUUACAUAAGAAGAAAAUGUUACAAUGUAAGAUUUUAGCUGGUGCUCAUUUUGUAUCAUCAUUGAUUUACUUGGUUUUCAAUUACUAUAAUGGUUCAAUUGCUUCAGUUAAUGCUGGAAACAAUUUGGAAAGUAAUUCAAAUGAUGAAUUAUGGACUUUAUUACCUUUGAUACCAAUUUCAGUAACUUUAUGUAUCUAUUAUGUGAUGAUCUUAACUUCCAUUAAAACCACCACCACCAAUUUAAACAAACAAAGACAAGUCAUUAAAUUGAAAUUAUAUGAAAACUUAUUCAAAUUGAUUUUUGCUUCAUUCUUCUUAAUCUUCAUUGGUAUCUUUUUGUCAGGUUUCAAAUUCAUGACUAUGUCAUCGCUUGAAAUAAUUGAAUCCAGUUGGAAAUAUACUUAUUUCGUGUUUGAAUUCACCCCUUCAAUCAUUUAUUUCAUUAUAUUUAUGGGUAUUGCUUGGUUAUGGAGACCAACAGAAACUAGUUAUAUGUUAGCAGUAUCUCAACAAGUUGCUUCAACUGAUGAAAAUAAUGGUGUAGAAUUUGAAUUAGAUGAUUUAUCUCUAAUGUCACAUGAUUCCCAUCCUGAUGAAGAAAAUCAUAGUUUUGACUUAGAUCCUCCUGAAUAUGAAAAUGAUAACACAUUAUUUGAAUUAGGAGAUAGUGAUCAUGAACAUGACGACAGAUUAAAAGAUGAUUCAAAAGACAAUUCAACAAAAACCGAAGAUGAAGGAAAAUCCACUGAUAAAUAG